AACACACGAACGCACUGAUUAACUCUUAUUUUUACUGUGUGAAAUUAGAGCGCGUAAAAGAUCCCCGUCUCCGUCAGGAGGGGCUGGAUGCGCCGCGGAGGAGGUGACGACGCAGCGGAGGAGGUUUAACCAGCAGGACUUUCUCUUCUUCUCGUCGGUUUCCUGUUGGACGAAAGACAGAAAUAGAGGGAGAGAGAGAGAGAGAAUCAGCCAGAUAACCCCCCUCAUAUAUCCAGGGCACCGCGGCUCUUUUCAGACGCAUCUUCAAGUCAAAGCUCCGGAGUGAAACCAGCUGUCAGAUCUGCUGCGCCCUGCACGGUUCUCCUCAAGAAUCCGAUCCAGCAGCGGUCUGGGACUCCAAGAACCGCAUUUAAAACCACUGAACAAGGGAACAAUGAAGAUGCUCCUGCCUCUGCUAAUCCUUCAGCUGCUCUUGGCUCCAGUGCUCAUGGUGCCCAGUGUGGAUUACUGGGACUCCUGGGGUCCUUACGGAGAAUGCAGUCGCAGCUGUGGCAGCGGUGUGACCAUGAGAACCAGACGUUGUAUCACUCACAGGACUGAUGGAGGACACAACUGUGUAGGACCAGAUAAGUCCUACCGCUCCUGCAACAUCCAGGACUGUCCAGAGGGAUCCAGGGAUUUCCGUGAAGAGCAGUGCUCCCAGUUUGAUGGGACUGACUUCCAGGGGAAACGCUACAAGUGGCUUCCAUAUUAUGGAGCUGAGAACCCCUGCGAGCUGAACUGCAUGCCAAGAGGAGAAAACUUUUACUAUCGUCACCGCAGCUCUGUGGUUGACGGUACACCGUGUCACCCAGGACGGAGGGAUGUUUGCGUGGACGGAGUCUGCAAGCGCCUGGGCUGUGACAACAUGCUGGACUCUCCUCAGCAGGAGGACCCCUGCCUGCAGUGUGGGGGUAACGGACAGUCCUGCUACCACGUCAAAAACACCUUCACUGUACGCGACCUGCCAACCGGCUACAACCAGAUGUUCAUCAUCCCUGUUGGAGCCACCACCAUCAGCAUCAGGGAAACGGUGGCUACACGCAACUACCUUGCUAUCAAGAACCUGCGUGGUGAGUACUACCUCAACGGCCACUGGGUAAUUGAGUUUUCCAGGGCAACACCCAUUGCUGGAACCAUGCUGUACUACCAGCGAGGCGCUGAGGGUGACAACGUCCCUGAAACCAUCAUCGGCCGCGGUCCCACCACUGAACCCCUUGUUGUUGAGCUGAUCAGCCAGGAGCCAAACCAGGGAGUGGAGUAUGAAUAUUACCUUCCUAAUGGACGCUCCAGAGAGGGCUACUACUGGAGUUUUGGGUCCUGGUCUGCCUGCAGCAAAGAGUGUGGAUCAGGCUACCAGUCUCGGUUGGUCUUCUGCACCAUCGAUAACGAGGCCUAUCCCGAUUAUCUCUGUGCAUCCCUGCCAAGGCCACAGUCCAACCGUACAUGUAACCCACAUCCAUGCCCACAAAUCCGCAGGAUGGCGUACCUGUAUCCACCACAGUUGUGGAGAUCCUCAGAAAGACCCAGAGCCUAUGUACUCAGCUGGAAAACCGGGGAGUGGAAUACCUGCUCGGUUACCUGCGGCGGAGGCUCCCAGGUGCGCACUGUGCAGUGCGUGUCCCAUGAUGCCUCGGGGCCCCGUGUGGUGGAAGAUGCUGUUUGCGCUGCCUAUGCUGAGGCACCUCCAUCUCUGCAGACCUGCAACAUGCACAAGUGUGCAGAGUACCAAGUGGGCAGAUGGAGUGCGUGCUCUGUGACCUGUGGUUCAGGCGAACAGACCAGAGAAGUGACCUGUGUGGGCUCAGGUGGGAUGAGGUUGGAGGAAACCUCCUGCAGCACUUUGCUCCGCCCGUCCACCGUCCAACCCUGUGAGAUGGCCGCCUGCCUGAAACAGAUCAGCUGGCAUAUCGGAGAGUGGGGACUGUGUUCGAGGAGCUGUGGUUCUGGCUCUCGAGAGCGUCAGGUGAUCUGCUCAGACCGAGAGAGGAACCUGUACCCUGUGGACCAAUGUAACGCUCACCCCAAACCCUCCACAGUGGAGCGAUGCAACACACAGCCCUGCUACAGACCACAGGUUGUCCCCAGCGUCCAGGACCCACGAGGACAUGACAAUACUCAGACUGGCUUCCAGCCCUAUGUGGUAGAUCGCGCAACAGUCCACAGGGCAGAGACAGACCGGGCCCAGACGAACACAGUCCAUGACCCUCACAGCUCCGCCCCGGCCCUCCACUGUAGCCAGUCCUAUUAUGGCUGCUGCCCGGACGGACGCACUUCAGCUGGGGGCCCCCAGGGCCUGGGCUGCCCGCAGGCCCCUGCUCCCACUCCUGUCGAGCCAUCCUGCGUUCAGACCAGUUAUGGCUGCUGCCAAGACGGUGUGACGGCAGCUCAGGGCCCCAACAAGGAGGGCUGUGCGGAGUUUGUGGCCCCAGCACCCACUGUUGCUCCUCUUCCUACUGAGAAUGCAGUACAGUGCCGAACCACCACCUACGGGUGCUGUUAUGACCGCACCACACCUGCAGGAGGACCCAACGGGGAGGGAUGCCCUAACCCACCAAACCACAUUGAGCGCUCGAUCUGCUCCCUGCCUCGUGCUGCCGGCUCCUGCAGCAGCUGGGUGUCGCGCUACCACUACGAUGUCAUCACCUCCAAGUGUGCGCACUUCUGGUACGGAGGUUGCCACGGCAACAGCAACAACUUCAUGACCCGGGCAGAGUGCCAGAGGGCGUGUCAGGUGCCUGCACCGAGCCAGCAGGGCCCGGGGCCAGUCGCUCCCGCUGGAGAGCCGACCUCUAGAAGAGAAAACACUCCUGGAAGGACCACAUCUGGAAGAGCUACCACGUCUGGAAGAGGUACCGCAUCUGGGGCAGGCACCUCAUCUGGAGGAGGAUCUAGAGCAGGGGGAUCCACCUCAGGAGGGUCAACAGGUGGGCAGUCACGCAGCAUGGGGAGGAUUUUCACAGUCGAGGGAGGUUCAACCAGUGGCACCAGCAGACAGGCCACAAGCGCUGCCACACAUGCCCACAGAGGUAGAGUCUAUCUGCGGGGACGCCGGCCUUCACCUGUCACCGCUGCACAGCACAGCGGCCCGGCUGCGAGUUUGACCCUGGGAGAAGUGGCCAUCGAUAAGACCGACCCCUCCACGGUGGAAGCUUUAGUUCGUCAGACAGUUGUGCUGCCCUGCAGAGUCAGCCCGCCGCCAUCCUCCACCGUCAUCGUGGAGUGGAGAAGAGAUGGCAUCGCUCUGUCUACUCGCAGGCAUCACCAGCAGCCUAACGGCUCCCUGUUGGUCGGCCCUCUCACUAAGUUAGACUCUGGUUGGUUUUUGUGCGUGGCCACUCGGGAACGAGAGAGAGACCACCGCUACAUUUACCUGUCUGUCUCAGAGGGAUCAUCCCAGCCGAUUCCUACCUCACUGCCCAGAGAUGGUCCAUUCCCUCGGUUCAGUAUCGACCGCUCAAGCUCAUCUUCGCUGGAAAUGCGAGAAGGACAGACUGCCAGACUGCCCUGCACGAUUCUCCCUCCCUCAGCUCUGCAGUCUGUCAGCAUUCAGUGGACAAAAGAUGGACAGCCCCUCGGUGACUCCAGGUUUACCCAGCACUCAGAUGGCACCCUGAUCUUUGGCGCUCUGCGGUCCGAUGACUCUGGAGUCUACACGUGUACAGCCUCCAGUCAGCAGCAGCUGGAGCAGAGACAGCUGCAACUCAGAGUCCAAGCCGACCUGAGGAUCACGACAGCUCCUAAUAACAUCCAGGUGUCUGAAGGCAGCACAGCUCUGCUCCCCUGUGUGGUGUCAGGCGACAACAUUAAUAUCGGCUGGUCCAGAAAUGGUGUCCCGGUGCGUCCAGAUGGUCGCAACAUCCUGAUGUCAUCUGAUGGCAGCCUGGUCCUGAAUAAUGUAAAGCCAUCAGAUGAGGGGACCUACACCUGUAACGCUUACACCGGCAUCUACUCUGUGAGUGCCACGGCUGAAGUGAGGGUCAUUAAAGACACACAACAAGGUGUCGAUGUGCCUCCAGAAUGCGUGGACCAGCCUGAGCUUGCCAACUGCGAGCUGAUAGUUUACGCCCGACUUUGCUCCAACCCGUACUACUCCAGUUUCUGCUGUGCCAGCUGUGCCAGGCACUCGCAGAGGAACGACAGGUUCGGUCGGCUAGGCUAAGGCCGCAAAGGGUUUAAAAAAUGAUGGGACAGGCGUUUUGGAGGACUGCAUUUUUAAAACCUGAACUUUCAACUCCGAACUGCUGCAUUUGCCAAAAGGACUUAAAACACUCGUAUCUGAACACGUUGUGCAGAGUCAUAAUUCUUAAAUCUGUGAACUAGGAGCUGUUCUACAGUGAGUGCUUUGUUCAGGGAGUCUGUGCCUUACAAUGUAGGUACCAUAUAAUCUUGUAAAGUCUGUUGAAUGUGAUGAGGCAGAACUCAGACUUCCUCCAUCGUUCUUCGCUGUCACAUUUUUAAAAUUAACUUAUUACUCACUGGACCUACUGUACAUGUUCUCUGUUUUUAAGAGAAUCACAUAGCUUUUCCUUUGAGGUCAUUAAAAGGAUUUAACAUAUUGUAAAACUACUUCAUACCUGCUGUAGUUUUGGCUACUAUUUUUUUAAGCAAUAUUUUGGCGUGUCACUGAGACAGGAUUCUGCGACGUACAAGGAGCUCCUACCAGACUGUGUUUAUUUUUAUGUAAUUAUUUGAUAAUAAAAAUAAUAUUUUGAUUAAAAAUAAUGUGGUUUGAGUGACUGAAUGUCAAACCUAAAAGAGGACUUGUUAUCCCAGUUGGCACCACAGGGGGUCAUCCAACAUGAUAAACGGAAAUGGCCCAGUCAGCUGCUUGAGGCUGAACAUGUGGGCAGAGCGUUUUCCUUGUAUCUGGCUGCUGA